UUCAAUUUUGACGAGUUUGCCCAAGAUUGCCAUUUUUUUUUAAAUACAGCUCUGGCAGAAGAGCAGACUACAGUUUAACCUCUACGUUUACUGGUGUGGAGGUAGAGAAUAUUUUAAAGCACACCUCGAGUCGCUGGCUCAGCUUAAAAGGUGUCUUGACUCGUAUUGCGGACCAGUGGAAGAAUUUAAUAAAAUAUUUUUUAGAAGACAUACCAAAACAAAAAGACUUCAAAAAUCAAGUGGAAAAUACUCAACGUUACCAAAGAUUAAUAAGGGUUUUAAAGGACCCAAGAUCUCAGAUCUAUAUUUCUUUUGCUAUAUAUAUGGCCGAGUGCAUAGAUUUCUUGAUUCGUUUUCAAUCUACUGAGCCACGGAUUCAUUUGCUAUAUUGUUCCUGGACAGAAUUACUAUGCACCUUUAUGUCAAAAUUUAUAAAGAAAUCAGAACUAACUGAUGAUCAUAAAGCUGACGCAAAAGCAAUGUCUGGAAUUGAUGUCAACCAAAACAAGAACCACAUAGAUGUCAAUCAACUGAAAAUUGGUGUUAAUGCAAAAAGAUUAUUUACGAGCUCAAAUAUUGAUGGUCAAACUGAAUAUAAAAUGAGAACUGAUUUUAAAAAGUGCUAUGUCAAGUUUACAGAUUAUUUGUCCAAAAAAUUACCACUGGAUAGCACUUUACUAAAGGAUUUACAAUAUAUAAAUCCAGCCCCGGAAUUCAGAUCAAGUUCAAAGGCAGGUCCUGCAUUCCAAAGGAUUGCAUUGAAUAUCGGGGCCUGCAUGGAAGCAAAUCUUGUUCACUGUUUCCACUUAAAGUCUAAUUUAAGUGUUAAUAGUUUUGCUGAUUUAAUAAAAGGACAGUUUAUAAAAUAUCAAAAUGAGACGAUUCCUGAGUCAUGGUACUAUGAUAAAGUGGCUGAAAAAUAUAAGAGCAUUGAUCAUUACUGGACCAAAGUUCUAACGUUUAGAAAUGCAGAAGGGGCCAUCAAGUAUGAACAGCUUGCAUACCUCUCGUUAACUGCUAUAACUUUAAGUCAUGGCAAUGCUAUUCCAGAAAGAGGUUUUAGCAUCAACAAAAAUAUCUUGACUGAUAAACAUGCCCUCAAAGAAGACACUAUUGUGGCUCUUCGCAUAGUAAAGGAUUCCAUAAAGUCUGUAGAGGAAAUUGUAAAUUUCAAUAUAAAUAGAAAAUUGUUGAAUUUGUGUGCAAAUGCACGCUCAAAAUAUCUACUAGUUUUAGAAAAUAAAAAAAAACUUGAAGAGGAAAAACGUAUAAAUACGGCAAGGUUGCAAAAAGAGAAAGAAGACCAGAAGAUGCGGGAUAAAUUAAAACGCAAACAAAAUACAGAGCUUGAAGACUUGGAAAAAUUCCUGAUUAGCAAAGAAAUGGAACUGAAAAUAGCCAAUAAUUUGAUAGAUGAAGGCAAUAAAAAACUUGAAAAAUGUGUGAGCACGCAAAACAAGUCACUUCAAAAGAAAGACGUUAUGGAGGCACAAACUAUGAUAAGCAUGGGAUUGGAAAAGGCGAGAAACACGAAAUCCGAAAUUGAGAAAAUUAAUACUAAAAAGCAUGAAUUAUUGAAAAACCUGGCAAAAAAGCAAAGGUAGUACAAAUUGUAUCUGUAUCUGUGUUUUUAUUUUUUUUGUUCAAAGU